AUGUCAAUCGACUUGAAAAAAAGAAAGGUUGAAGAAGGCGCAAAAAGCGUAGGAAAGAGCUCGAAGGUAUUCUCCCCAUUUAGAAUCAUUGGUAAUGUUAGCAAUGGUAUUCCUUUUGCUACUGGAACAUUAGGUUCUACCUUCUACAUUGUAACAAGCGUGGGAAAGACGUUCCAAAUAUAUGAUGCGAACAGUCUACAUUUGCUUUUUGUAUCGGAGAAGGAAACCCCAUCUUCAAUCGCAGCAUUAUCCACACAUUUUCAUUAUGUCUACGCAGCCUAUGAAAACAAGGUUGGCAUUUACAAGAGGGGUAUUGAAGAACACUUGAUUGAACUAGGUACAGACGCAUAUAUCCAGCAUUUGUGCGUGUUUGGUGAUUUUCUUUGUGUUUCCACCGACGACAAUUCCAUUUUCAUAUAUAAAAAGUCCGAUUCGCAAGAUAAAUAUCCAUCAGAAUUCUACACUAAGCUCACAGUUACGGAAAUUCAAGGCGGUGAAAUCGUGUCUCUAAACCAUUUGGCAACUUAUUUGAAUAAAUUAAUUGUUGUUACCAAGUCUAAUGUACUGCUUUUCAACGUCAGAACUGGAAAGCUUGUUUACACCUCAAACGAUUUCCCUGACCAAAUCACAACCGCUGAACCUGCGCCAGUUUUGGAUAUUCUUGCCUUAGGUACGGUAACCGGUGAAGUUAUCAUGUUCAAUAUGAGAAAAGGAAAGAGGGUUCGUACGAUCAAAAUUCCACAGUCAAGAAUUUCAUCCUUGAGUUUUAGAACUGAUGGCUCUUCCCAUUUAAGUGUAGGAACAAGCGGUGGUGAUUUAAUCUUUUAUGAUUUAGACCAUCGUUCAAGAAUACAUGUGUUAAAAAAUAUUCAUAGGGAAUCAUACGGUGGUGUCACUAAGGCUACCUUUCUGAAUGGUCAACCUAUAAUUGUCACUUCAGGUGGUGAUAAUUCUUUAAAAGAGUUCGUCUUCGAUCCAUCACUGUCUCAAGGAAAUGGCGAUGUAGUUGUUCAACCACCAAGGCACUUACGUUCCCGAGGCGGCCAUUCGCAGCCACCUUCGUGUAUUGCGUUUGCUGAUUCCCAAUCACACUUCAUGUUAUCCGCUUCCAAGGAUAGAUCACUUUGGGGGUUCUCCCUGCGUAAAGAUGCUCAAUCGCAAGAAAUGUCUCAGAGAUUGCACAAGAAAGAAGACGGUGGCAGAGUCGGUGGUAGUACAAUCAAAUCUAAAUUUUCUGAGAUUGUAGCACUUGCAAUUGAAAAUGCCAGAAUAGGCGAGUGGGAAAACGUUGUUACUGCGCAUAAGGAUGAAAAAUUUGCGAGAACAUGGGAUAUGCGAAAUAAAAGAGUCGGUAGAUGGACUUUUGACACUACUGAUGGUGGGUUUGCUAAGUCCGUAGCGAUCUCUCAAUGUGGUAAUUUCGGGUUUGUUGGUUCUUCUAAUGGAGCCAUCACCAUUUAUAAUAUGCAAAGUGGUAUACUGCGUAAAAAAUACAAGUUGCACAAAAGAGCAGUUACUGGGAUAUCCUUAGACGGUAUGAACCGCAAGAUGGUAUCAUGUGGGCUAGACGGUAUUGUUGGGUUUUACGACUUCAACAAAUCAACUUUGCUGGGAAAAUUACAAUUGGACGCUCCUAUCACAUCGAUGGUUUAUCAUCGUUCUUCUGAUUUGUUUGCUUUGGCACUAGACGACUUAUCAAUUGUGGUUGUCGACGCGGUAACCCAAAGAAUUGUUCGUCAAUUAUGGGGGCAUAGCAACAGGAUCACCGCAUUUGAUUUUUCACCAGAGGGUCGUUGGAUUGUUUCUGCGUCUCUAGAUUCUACCAUUAGGACAUGGGAUCUGCCAACCGGAGGAUGUAUCGAUGGUAUUAUAGUAGAUAAUGUUGCCACAAAUGUAAAGUUUUCUCCAAAUGGUGAUUUGCUUGCUACUGCACAUGUUACUGGUAAUGGUAUAUGUAUCUGGACCAACAGAGCACAAUUUAAGGCAGUUUCGACGAGAACUAUCGAUGAAUCUGAAUUUGCAAGAAUGACGUUACCUAAUGCAUCUGUUAAAGGGAAUGAUUCGAUGUUGUCGGGAGCUUUAGAAAGCGAUGGUACUAAGGAACAAAAUGACAUUGAUUUCACUACUUACACAUCGUUGGAACAAAUUGAUAAAGAACUGUUGACAUUAUCUAUUGGACCAAGAAGUAAGAUGAAUACAUUGCUUCAUUUAGAUGUUAUCAGACAACGUUCUAAGCCAAAGGAAGCUCCAAAGAAGUCAGAAAAGCUUCCAUUUUUCCUUCAGUUAUCGGGUGAAAAGAUCGGGGAUGAUGCGUCUGGCAGAGAAGGUAUAGCACAUGAAGGACCAGAAGAAAUCCGUCGCAAAAAUCAAGAAGCGCAACAGAAUCUAGAUGCUGAAGAACAAAUGAACAAAUUCAAAGCCACAGGCAGGUUAGGAUUUGAAUCGCACUUCACAAAGCAAUUACGAGAGGACACAGAAUCUGGGGACUAUUCGCAACUAUUGGCCACACUAAUAAAUCUUUCACCUGCUGCAGUGGAUUUGGAGAUUAGAUCAUUGAAUUCCUUUGAGCCGUUUGACGAAAUUGUAUGGUUCAUCGACGCAUUAACACAAGGAUUGAAGAGCAGUAAGAAUUUGGAACUUUAUGAAACAUUUAUGAGCUUACUGUUCAAAGCACAUGGUGAUGUCAUCCAUGCCAACAACAAGAAUCAAGAUAUUGCCGGUGCUCUUCAAAACUGGGAGAAUGCGCAUGAAAAGUGUGAUAGAUUGGAUGACCUAGUUAAGUUUUGUAUGGGGGUAGUAGAUUUUGUGACUACUGCGUAA